AGGAAGGCAGUCACCAAAUUCACCGAAGGUUGUUUACUGGUUAUAUUGUGGUUGUGUCCCUACUUCACAUAAGCGAUACUAUUAAUGUCGUUGCAGGUAGUGAAAGCGUUCGAGCCCCUUCGCUCUGUUACAGCAGGAUUGUGGAAAUACCGGCCGCGAUCUUUGAAGCCGAAUACGACCAAUUGCAUUAGUUGCCUCUUCAACUUUGCCAACAAAGCACGAUUCAGUGUUACGCACGUUACAGCUGACCCAAUUGGUAAUUGCCACAGAGAACCUGUAGCACCGUCUUUUACUUCAGCAGAAGGAGCAGCUAAGACUGAUUGGGGCACAAAAAAGAACAAACGAAAGGUUAGGUUACGCCUCACCGACAUAAUGAGUAAUCCUGAGAUUGAAGCUAAAUUAGCCCCCCUGCGCGCUGCAGUGCUGGAGCAGGGAAAUUUGGUGCGCGAGCUGAAAGUGAAAGGAGCGCCAGAAAUUGACCUUAAACGAGCUGUAGCUGAAUUAAAAUCCCGCAAAAAGUUGUUAGAAGAUCGCGAACUGGAACUCACUCCUAGUGUUGUUACGUUCGAUCGUUCGAAAAUGGAGGACUUGCUAAAGCGACGUUUCUUCUAUGACCAAAGUUUUGCGAUUUACGGUGGUAUAACAGGCCAAUACGACUUUGGCCCAAUGGGCUGUGCCCUGAAGUCAAAUAUCCUCUCAUUGUGGCGCCAAUUCUUUGUAUUGGAGGAGCAAAUGCUUGAGGUGGAUUGUUCAAUAUUAACACCAGAACCCGUUCUGAAGUCUUCAGGGCAUGUAGAUCGUUUUGCUGAUUUAAUGGUGAAGGAUGUCAAAACUGGAGAAUGCUUUCGCCUCGACCAUUUAAUAAAAAAUGCAUUGGAAAAAUUGUCAAAAGACAAAGCAGCAACCGCAGAAUUGAAGGCUGAGUGUGAGGACAUUGUUAUUAAACUUGAUGGUAUGAACAAGCAAGAGAUGUCUGAUGUACUAUCGAAGUACAAUAUAAAGUCUCCACUUACGGCUAAUGACUUAACUGAACCUAUUGAGUUUAAUUUGAUGUUUGCAACUCAAAUUGGACCUACAGGAUUGGUCAAAGGAUUUCUGCGUCCAGAAACAGCCCAAGGAAUUUUUGUAAAUUUCAAGCGUUUACUUGAAUUCAAUCAAGGUAAACUACCUUUCGCAGUUGCUCAAAUAGGCAAUUCAUUCCGUAAUGAAAUUUCACCACGCUCUGGACUUAUUCGUGUCCGUGAGUUUACAAUGGCUGAAAUUGAGCAUUUUUGUGAUCCUACUCUUAAGAAUCAUGCCAAGUUUCAAAGCAUUGCAGAAACUCGUUUAACUCUUUACUCGGCAUGCAAUCAAAUGGAUGGAAAAUCAGCGCAGCAAAUAACAAUUGGGGAUGCUGUAAAAAAUAGUCUAGUUGCAAACGAAACACUUGGAUAUUACAUGACAAGAAUUCAUCAAUUCCUUCUAAUGAUAGGUAUAAAAGCAGAGUGUCUGCGGUUCCGCCAACACAUGAACAACGAAAUGGCGCAUUAUGCUUGUGAUUGUUGGGAUGCGGAAUGCCUAACAAGCUAUGGAUGGGUGGAAUGUGUCGGCUGUGCUGAUCGAUCCGCUUACGAUUUGGGCCAGCACAGCCAAGCCACUGGUAUAAGAUUAGUGGCAGAGAAACGUUUGCCUGAUCCCAAAACAGUGGAGGUGUGUGAAAUAGUGCCUAAUAAACAAACACUGGGAAAAACAUUCAAAAAGGAUGCAAAAUCUAUUACCGAAGCACUAGCUGCACUAUCAUUAAGCGCCGUAAAUGAAGUGGAGCAAACAUUGAAAGAUAAAAAAGAAUUUUUGCUCAGCCUUGAUAAUGGCAGCGAGUUCAAAUUGACACCGGAUACUAUUUCUGUAAAACACAGUACUAAAACCGUGCAUGUAGAGGAAAUAACACCAAGUGUAAUAGAGCCAUCUUUUGGUAUAGGUCGCAUUAUGUACGCAUUGCUUGAGCAAAAUUUCCAAUGUCGUGAGGGGGACGAACAGCGUUGCUACUUUACACUACCAUCAGUAGUGGCGCCUCUUAAAUGCUCUAUACUGCCAUUAUCUAACAAUGUUGAAUUUAAUCCAUUUAUACGUCAGCUAUCAACUGCGUUAACCAAGGCAGAACUUUCGCACAAAGUCGACGAUUCGAGUGGAUCCAUUGGUCGUCGCUAUGCCCGUACCGAUGAAAUCGCUAUUCCGUUUGGAAUUACUAUUGAUUUUGAUACACUGAAGGAGCCACAUACUGUGACGUUACGUGAUCGAGACUCUCUUAAGCAGGUGCGCCUCGGAAUCAACGAAGUUAUCGAUGUUCUGAAAGAUCUCUCAAUUGGAAAGCUUAAGUGGCAUCAAGUGAUGGAAAAAUAUCCUGUCUUUGAGCAACAAGAGGCUACUAAGUGAUUUAUUUCAAGUACCGAUUUUUUCGAUGUUAUAAGCUCUUAUACUUUUUUUACAUUUUGUUUUGUGAUGUUAUACGUAUCUGGCUUAAAGUACCAUAAUAAACUAGUGAACCCGUAUGGCGUUUAAACGCCCAAAAUUGAA